UGGCAUCACUCUGGCUUCACUCCUCAACAAAACAACAACUUCUACAACCAUGCGUUUCAUCUCAGUACUGACGGUGUUGGCCGUGAUGGUGGCCGUUGCCUAUGGUGCUCCCGGCGUCAUCUAUAGUCGAGGCUUUGGGGGUGGUCUUGGAGGAUUCGGUGGUGGAUUUGGCGGCGGUCUGGGUGGAUUCGGCGGUGGUCUUGGAGGCUUCGGUGGUGGUCUAGGUGGAUUCGGCGGUGGACUUGGAGGAUUUGGCGGUGGCUUUGGUGGAUAUGGCCGCCGAUAUGGAUAUGGUUAUGGUAGGUGAAGCUCCCGGCUCCUGUAACUGACUGGAUCUGACCACAGAUGUCGUCACUGGUUCAUGACCAUUAUCAUUUUAAAUAUAAUACCUCUACAAACAGCUGUGAUUUAACUUAUUUCCUUUGGAAUCGACUAAUGAACUUUUGAACAGAACCAUAUAUUUUUAGUGUUGUCAAUGAUCAAUCCUUUUUCCUCUUCAGAAAAAAUAUUCAUCUAUUGAACAUAAAAACUGUCAGAUGAUAAUUAUUGAAAAAUUUCGAAAUGUUGACAAGAAGAGACUCUGAUUUAAACUAUUGUUCACAAUAAGCAACCGCGAUCUAUGGCAUCGAGUGUUGCUGUCUUUAAACACAAAAAUUCAGAUGUUUAAUUCUUUAUUUUUUUAUAAGUAUUUGUCUCUGUUUAUUACCAUUACAUGAGAUUAAUUUCAACAACAGAUCAGAUAAUUAUGUGUUUUAAUGAUUACAAAUUUGAAUUCAAUUAAGUUGUUAUGCAAUAAACUUUAAUAGUCGUGGAGCUA